CAAGGAACAUCCUUUGCAGAGGGCGAGGAACUACUCCCUUUUCUUUCUUCUCCUCCUAUGGAGAAGAAGGAAGAGAGCAAUGGCACCUCCACCGUGACCAAAACUUCCCACCGCCCCAAGAAGCGCAGCACGCUGGGCAUCGUUUGGGCCUCCAUCUUCACUAUGCGUCGCUGCUCAUCCAGCAAGAAAGGCCCUAAUUCUCCGAAAGCUGCCGAUGGUAUGCUGAAGAGCCUUGUCGAUGGUAUGCGCCCUCUCCAUCUCCAACUCGACUACCGCCCGCCGUUCCCUCUUUUGCCGCCGCCUCCACCAGCUGGACACGAGUCGUUCCACGAUGUGUUCCCCCCGCCGUCUUCCCCCGCGUGCUCCUCCAACGACGGCAUGAGCCGCUAUGCUUCCGCGGAGGAUCUACAAGCACUCGACGACGACACGGCCGAGGGCAACGACGGCAGCACUGGGGCCAACGGCGUCGACGAGGGUGAGGCUUCACAUGCAAUCGACACGAAGGCCGAGGAGUUCAUCACAAGGUUCUACGAGCAGAUGCGGCUCCAGCGCCUGGACUCGCAACCAGGCCACUGAACAGGCUGCGUUCUAAUUGUCAUAGGUGGGUGCAUGCUAUUAAUUUUGUGAUCCCUCCAGAAUCCCUGAGAGAACAAAUGUUUCUGUUACCAGCUCGUCCCUAAAUCUCUCAAAUUGAUUA